AGAAGUACGGAGGAUUAAGAAACAACACGCAUUGAUUUGUCGUCGGGACGUCGUUUUUUUUUUGUUGGGGGAGAAAAAAAUGGAAAAUUAUUUAAAAAUAGAAAAUUUUACAGAUUUUCAGUGAAAAUAGUUAGAAAAAAUUUGUAGAUAAAUGAAAGUGUAACAAAAAAUAUAUAAAAUUUCAUGGAAAAGUGAUUAACGGAAAUUAAAGGAAAAAGGCCAAAAUGAAAUUAAAAAGGGCGAGUGUCUAGAAAAUUUUGUUCCCCGACCCAUGCAAAACGGUGAAGAAGUUCAGUGCAAAAGUUUCUUGAAAUUUCCUCAGAGUGAAUGAAAAGAAAAUCCCAAAUUUUAUACAGAAAAAAAUUUUAAGUAAAUCUAAAUAUCCGAAAAGUGUCCCAAAGAAAACGUGAAAAAAUCUAUUAUAAAUUUUCUACACACAUACAUAAAACCCAAGUGGAAAAUGGAAAAAUGGCUGGCUGCGUAGUAUGAAAAAAAUAAUAGAAACUAACGGAACAAAGGGACUCUCGAAGAUGACAGAGAGCAGAAGGAGACGAAGGGCAAUACCUUUUUAGAGCAAGAGGUUGUUAAUACAAAACACAACAAAGGAAGAAGUUCGUUGCCAUAAUAUAAGUAACGAUACAAAUAAAGCUGACAAAAAAAAAAAAAACGAACAGAAAAGAAACCCAACCUCAUGCCAACUAAAGAGAAAGCAACAAAAAUUCAAAAUAACCUUACACUUUGGUAACAGAAACAGCAACAACAACAACAACGAAGCAUAGAAUAUCAACCAAAUACACAAAGCCAGUCAGAUGUAACUGUCACAGGAGUGAGAGAAGAGAAUUCGAGUCGAAACAGUGAACUAACGCUGGCGGCAGUGGCGGUGGAAUUAUAAAAACAAUUACGAAAAUUCGUAUAAAAACAAAACGAAUAAUUGAUCGGCCAACAAGGGAAGAACGCAACGAACUCAAGACGACAACAGCAGCAACAACAACAGCACACCAACGGACCAAAAAAGCUGCCACACACCUCAUCAUCGUGUUGCUUGCAAAUAAGAACAGCUCCAGUAAAACUGGCACCGGUAUUGCCUUCAAAUAGCCUAGCAGCAGGUGGUACAACAGCUGCUGCUGCUGCCGCUGCGGCGGCUGCUGUUCGCCUGGAGAGUGCUUUAAAUGUCAACAGCAUUAACGCAUUUAACGGCAGUCUGGCUGUUAGUAGUGGAGCCCUAUUGCACCACGACUCCUCGGCUUCGGCCACCCUAACCAAGUUAUCCACAUCGCCGCACUUAAUGUCGCCCACACAUACAGCGGGCACGGGUCUGGGAGGAACGGCAACAGGAAUGGGCAGUGGUGUGGGCGGCAUGGUAUAUGGCAAUUCGACGACCCUCAACAAUAUGGCCUCGGUGGGUGGUGCCUCGGUCAUUUGCAGCAGUGAUAGUGGUAUUUCAUCAAUAAUCUCUUCGACACCCUCCCUUACCCAGCUGUCACCACCACCAGCCGUUGUCUCAAAUGCCGUUUCAUUGGCCAUACUGGCCUCCAGCGUCAUAACCACCUCCAGCAGCAGCGGCAGUAGCAGUGCCGCCAUUACCAACAACAAUGGCAGCAGCAAUAGCUGUACUCCCGGCAGUGGUAGUGGCAGUGGUGGACGUUGCAGUCCCAUAAUUGGUGGCAUUACGGCAAACCUGACCAAUGGUCUGGCCUCAUCCUCCUGCAUUUAUGGCUCGGCGACACCGGCGAAUGUGGCCUCGUCGUCCGGCAGUCCCCUACUUUUCACCGAGCGCACCUCGCCAGCCCUCAGCAUGCUGAGCAGCAGCAAAACGAAAACCCUUAGCCCUUUGCAGAAUUCUUCCAUGGGCGGCAUAUCGCCAUAUGGCUCGGCCUCCGUGACCUCAGCCGUGGUCGCCACCUCCUCGAACAUGGCCAGCCAGUCGCAGAGUUCGACGGGCUCCAACUAUCUGAAUACCAUAAAAAUGCUGGGACCAGCUGCCUCCAUCGAUUUGGGCUCAUCACCACUGACACAUCGGAAUUAUCCUACCAUUAAAGGUUUUACGUUUCGUAGAAGCUUUGAUGAUAAAAUAAUUGCCGUAUCGACGUCUGCGGCCGUUGGGCCCGUCAGUAGUCAGUCACAAACGUCACUGGGUGGUCCGGCUGUGUCAGCCUCCCCCUACCUCUCCCAUUUCCCGGCCACGGCCUCACACCAUCAUCACUAUCACCAUCAUUUGCAGCAGCAAUCGCCGCAGAUACCCCAUUUCGCCCAUUACCAUCCCCAACAUCCCUCGCACUUGCACCACAACCAUCUGCACCAUCCCGCGGCCCAUUUGGCCGGGCUGCAACAUCACCAUCAUCAUCCUGUCCCUUCUCAGCUGGGAGGUGGAAGUGGUGGCGGCGGCGUCAGCAGUGGUGUCAGCAGCGGCAGUGGUGGUGGUGGUGGUCCAUUCCAUAGCAAUUUCAUGUCGUCUGCUGCCGUGGCCAAGCAUUCCGUCGCCUCUGCCAACGUUGCCGCCUCAUUUUUGCCUCCGCCACUGUAUGCACCGCUGACAUCGUCCCAGUCGACCACCAAACUAUCGCAUCGUGAUGAUUUCUUGCAACAAAUUGGAUAUUUGCCAACCACACGGAUUUAUAGCACUCCAUCCAGCAUAGUGGAUGAGGAUAAGGCACAGCAGGACUUUUUGUCGUUAUCCUUGUCGCCCCCAUUAAAUCGACGUCGUGAUAUGCCUGCAUUGCGUGGACCAUACGUUAGUUUAUCUGAACCUCGUGGUACUUUAAGCACCACCGAUGAAAUAUUUCCCGAUUCACCCGACAGCAGUUUAUACGGCUCGGAUGAGGAGCAGGAAGAUGCGGCCCAGUAUUGUCGCGGUGGCUAUCAUCCGGUGGUCAUUGGUGAUAUAUUUGAUAAUCGGUUUCGAGUUGUGCGCAAACUGGGCUGGGGACACUUUUCCACGGUGUGGCUAUGUCGAGAUCUCAAAGAAGAAAAAUACGUGGCCCUGAAGGUGGUGAAGAGUGCCCCACACUAUAUUGAGACUGCAGCUGAUGAGAUACGCCUCCUAGAGGCUAUACGUGAUGCUGAUCCAUUGGAUGUGAAACGUGAACGUAUCGUACGUUUGCUCAAUCAUUUUACGGUGCGCGGUGUGAACGGCGUUCACACGUGUCUCGUCUUCGAGGCGCUGGGCUGCAGCCUGUACAAGUUGAUCGUGAAGAACAACUAUCAGGGUUUGGCUUUGGCCCAGGUGCGAAAUAUCAUCAAACAGGUGCUGGAGGGUUUGGACUAUUUGCACAGCAAAUGUAACAUCAUACACACGGACAUUAAGCCGGAGAAUAUUUUGCUCGUCAUCGAUAAUGCGGCAGCUAUGAAUCAACAAAUCGAUGAUGAGAUAACCAGUUUGCGCAUCAAGGGGGUGGAUUUUCCAGAUUCGUAUAUAAGUUCGAUAGAAAAACAAACGAAAACCCGGGCCAAAUGGCCGCUACAGAACAUCGAAAUGAAUGCAGCCAAUGUAACCAAUACAAAUACAGCUAAUAACUCUGCCUCAUCGACACCAUUGCCACCGCCGUUGGGUGUGGCGGGUAAUAAUUUGAGUGGCGACAAGGAGGACACCUCCUCCAUUGCCUCGAAAUAUUCUAGUCUAAUGGGUGAUAGCAUAGAUGGCGGUAGUAGUACGGGUGGAGGUGGCAAUGGCGUUGGUGCCAACACAAAUGCCAGCAAUUCAUCAACAACUGGAAAUAUAAAUAAUCGUUUUAGGGCUGAGAAGAAAAUCACUGCCAAGAGCGAAGAAGUAGAGCUCAUAGAUGAAAUGGAGAGAACUGUAAUGAAUCGAGGACAAAAUGGUGGUGACGGCGGCUCUGAAGAUACCAAGUCAGGCGCCAUUAUGGAUCCAAAACUCAAGGAGACCUCGCCAAAAUCAUUGGCCAAUGAUGAGCACAAAUCAGUUGGUGGUUUGGUAACAAAUGAGAGCUUAAACUCCCCACCCACAAAUACUAAUAACAAUAAUAACAACAACAACAACACCAGCACCACCACCUCUCCACUUAAUUUAAGUGAACCAAUAUUGCCGGCAAUGGCCAAUAAACCACCAACUAACCUAAGCACAAGCACAAUAGAAUCUGCAACAACAACAACAUCGGCAGUAACAGUCACAAUAUCCCAACAAGAAACAUCAACAACAAUUUCUGCAACUGCUGGCCCAGCAGUCACAACUACAACAACAACAACAACAGCAAUGAAUGCAUCACCAUCAUCGAUAUUAAAGCCGCCCACUGAAACCACCACAACCACCAUCACCACCACAACAACAACAACUACCACCACAACUGGUUCUGAUAAAGCAGAACAAAUCAAUAAUCAAUUAAAUAAUACCAACAUUUUAAAUGCCAAUACUCCAAUUCCUCAGACACAAUCCUAUACGAAUGCCAUACAGUCGCUGAUCAACAAUACGAAUGUACGAGUGAAAAUUGCCGAUUUGGGUAAUGCAUGUUAUGAGUAUCACCACUUCACCGAGGAUAUCCAAACGAGACAAUACCGUUCGAUAGAAGUCCUUUUGGGUGCCCCGUAUAAUUAUACAGCGGACAUUUGGAGUACUGCAUGUCUGGCAUUUGAAUUGGCCACCGGCGAUUAUCUAUUUGAUCCACAUGCCGGAGAAACGUAUUCCAGGGACGAAGAUCACUUGGCCCAUAUCGUUGAGCUGUUGGGCACAAUACCACCGUCGGUAAUAUUUCGCGGAAAACACGGUGUUAAAUAUUUUACAAGUUAUGGAAGUCUACGAAAUAUAACAAAAUUAAAACCAUGGAGUCUGAUAAAUGUUCUAAUCGAAAAAUACGAUUGGGAUCCAAUUGAAGCGAAAAAAUUCUCCGAUUUUCUGUUACCAAUGUUGGAAUAUAAUCCCGUUAUAAGAGCAUCGGCAGCGGAGUGCUUAAAUCAUCCAUGGCUGGAGGAAAAAGAGGAAUUUGUUUAAGACGAAACCAUGAACGAGUAUUAAAAUAGAACACUCUCAUAACAAACAUGCAUAAAUACAUACAUACAUACAUAGAACAAUACAAGGACACAUACUGUUGAACAUACAUACUCUUACAGACUUAAGUAAUUUAAGAAAAUAAAAUAAAAAUACAAUAACAACUUACAAAUAAAAUGCAUAAGAUAAUAAGACAUAAAACAACAAUACUAAAGCAGACUAGACACUAUCAGUUCUGAAUGACAGAGCUCUUUUAGAUAUUAUUAAUCUGUGGAACAAUCACGACAUUUUUUUGACAAACUUAAACGGAGACACUGUCAUUCAAAGCUGAUAGUGUGUACCUCGCUUAAAAAGAGAAUUAAUCGAUUACAAUGUAGUUGAAAUCAUAAUACAAUUAAGACAAGGUAGGAUAAGUUCGAGAAAGUUGUAAGUAAAGAGGCAAAUCUGUAUGAAUUGUUCUGUCAGGAUUACUAUCAAAUGCAACGAGUUAUUUUGUUAAAAAAAA